UGACAUCGGAGAUUUCAACAGGAAGGAAGGAAGGAGAUCAGGUACAUCUCCUCACCUGUCUCGCUCCGCUUUGCACGUUGUUGUGGGCGCCGCUGAUCCGAGUUAUUUGAGCUGCUACUGGCAGAUAUCAUACUGCUGGAUCACAACCAGGAGUAUUGCCGUAUUGACAUUCUUCUCGUGAGCUUGUUGCUGUCCAUGGACUGUGGAUGGUCACGCUGAUUUUCUAGCUGCUCUCCCUCGGAUCAUCAUGGUAGAAGCUUGUCAUGGCUCGUUGAAGUGCAGUUGGUGAUCAUAAGCUGUGAGAACGAGUACUGGUUUACAGAGCUUGGUCGAGUUGAGGAUGCUGUUUCAAAGGACUGCGAGACAUGAAGGUCCUAGUAGUUUUGUGUUUGUUAGGACAUCGUGGCUACAGAUGGCAACGCUAAUUUUUGUUAUGGAGGCUGGAGUGAUGGGAUCUGUUGUUGCGCAAGCAAUACCUGAGAUGGUGGAGUGGAUGUGCGCUGCGGCGCAUGACCGUGCGUCAUGUGUGACGUCUCUCGCCGCGCAUCCCGAUGCGGCAGCGUCUGUUCCCCGGGGACUUGCAACCAUAGCCAUUACUAAUGGUCUCGAGGGGGUUGGAAGCUUCUACACUUUCACCAGGGGCUUGACUACCAGCAAUGGACCUGGAGAGAAGUCUGCACUCUCGACAUGUCGAUCUUUUCAGCAAGGUUCUCAGGAUCCUCUCCAGCUCUCACUCUCGAACAUGGCGACGCUGAAUCCAUGGCGGUUCAAAGAGCAGAUUACGGAUUCUUGGACAUGGUUGAGCACUGCGCUAACUUAUCACACGACGUGUUUGGAUGGUAUGAACGAUGGCAUAGUCGGUAAUACGAUGAGAGACGCCGUGAUGGCCAGAGGUGCCAGCGUCACGUCGUUGCUCUCCAACGCUGUUUCUCUUGUAGCUUCUCUUAGCAGAAUUGGACCAAACCCCGGCCAUAAUCGUUGAGUUCUGAGGGCUGAGGAAGGU